AUGCCUAAUCGAUCAAGCUCCAAUAGCAGUGGCGCUACUAUCAAUUACCAAGGCACAAACCACUCGGUCGUCCGUGGCCACAUUUUACUCGAUAACAGAUGGGUCCCAAUCAGCUCGCUGCCACAAACCAACGUCAACGACGCUGCUCCCGGAUACGCAUCGACCACUGCGACUGCAUCACCUGGUAGAGGUCAGUCAGGUCAAGGUCACAAUCCUUAUUCUCCAAGACAAUCCCUCUCACCUUACCCUCAUGGGACUCAAGCUUAUAAUACACCUUCUCCUGGCUCUCCUGGUGCGAGUACCGCUUAUGGCGUCCAAUCUCCUGGUAGACAUAGUCGUGGUCACUCUAGAGCUUCCUCUGGUAGUGUCAACUCUACUAUCGAUCCCGGUCGAAGAAUCGAAUGGCAUACCACUCGGCAAAACAAUGGCACUCAUCGACUUACGAUAACCCUCAUUCCGGCAGAAACUGGACGAGCAGGAAUGGACUUCCAUCUUUAUCCUCAUGCAUUCCCAGAUCCACGCGAAUACACGAGAGGCGUAGACUGGGCGACAGCCAGACUCCGAGAUUCCGGUUACGACGGGACCAAUUAUACCACCGUGGAAGACGCCAUGAAUACAGUGGUCCAACCUGCUGACGGCUAUGGUGUUCAUGUUAUGGCUAGUGUCAGGGCUGCCUUGGCUUUAUACUGGGAUGCGACUCAAGAGGAAGAUUAG